CUGCGUGGCUGCCUGGACCGCAGGCGCCUCCGACCGAGCAAACAGUCUGCGCUUGGCUCUCGGCGCUCUGAUCUCGGAGCUCUCUCGCUUGCUCGCUCUCUAUCUCUAUCUCUCUAUCUAUCUAUCUGUAUCUAUUCACUGCGUGUCGCUCUGUGAAAUCCGUAUAUUUUCUUACGAACUUUCUUUUUUUGUUUUAUUCAUAUAUACAUAUAUCUCUCUUUUUCUCUUUUUCGAUUACUGAUUUUUUCUACUUCUCUAUCUUUUUUUCUCUCCUUCUCUCUCUGUCUCUCUCUCUCUCUCUCUCUCUCUCUCUCUCUUUCUCUAUCUAUCUAUCUCUAUAUCUUUAAUUUUCUCUUAUCAUAUUAAAAUAUUUGAACGUAAGAUUUUUCAUUCUCCAAAUGGAAGAUAAAAGUUUUUCCAAUUAUCCUUGGAAUAAUCCUUGGAAAAGAAGAUGAGAUUGAUUUAAUCGUCGCUAUGACGUCCGAGGAAGAUCGUUCAAUUUAUAAAACGUUAAUAGCAACAAGAACAAGAGCAAAAACAACAACGACGACAACGACGAUAGAAAUAACAGGAACGGUAGCAGUAGCAGCAUCAAUAAUAACAGUAGCAACAGCAAAAGCAGCAGCAACAGUAGCAGCAACAGCAGCAAUAGUAGUAACAGCGGCGACAAUAGCAACAGUGGCAACAGCAACAGGAGGAAAAAUAUCAAGGGAAACGAUCGCGAUAAAGAAAAACGUUUUACGUAGAUAUUAUUCGUAGCAUCGAGUGGUGGUGUGAGCUUUUUGCCGGGCUUGUUUCGACUCGCCUACGGAAUCUCGAGCAAUGACCAUCACUUACGAGACUUACAAUGAAGCAGUACGGAUCGUACAGGAGUGAUAAUACUACGUUGUACAUCGCGUUGAUUAUUUACGCGCUUGGUAGUAGUUACGAAGCGAGUUGUACAACACGCUGUGUUUGUUUGUGGUAAAAAAAAAAAAAAAAAAAAAAAAAGGAACUACAAGACAUUGAUAAGAGAGGGAGAGAGAAAGAAAAAGAGAGAGAGAGAGAGAGAGAGAGAGAGAGAGAGAGCGAGAGAGAGAGAGAAAAGGAGAACAGCUCUAGAAAGAGGAAGCUACCACCGAACGGAGAGAGGUGAAAAGGUGGGAGAGAAGAAGGAAAAGGGGUGAGAAAUACACAGAGAGAGAGAGAGUGAGAGAAAGACAGAUAGAAAGAGAAAAGCUGUGGAGAGAGUAAUGAUCGUGACGACGGUUUUGCAGACAAAUGAACACCUCCGCACAGCGUUUGGAAUAUCCCAAAUAGGUAGCUGCAUUCAUCGAACUACUAACAGAGACUCUCGAUAUCGUCUUCCUCUGGGCGAAAGAAGAAUAGUCGUCCAUGUCGAGCAAGGACCACUUCGUAAAAAUGAGAUGUGAGGAAUGAUCACGUGGGUGAUGGUCGGGUUGCUCCUGGCUGCGGAAACUUGCGGCAGAAACGUCCAAUCUGGAAACGGGAAAGAGGAGACGAAACAAAAAAACGGUUUGAAGGGAAUAGCCACGGAUGAGGAGGACAUCUAUCGUCUAACGUGCUACACUUGCGUCAACGUCAGCGACAACCAGAUGUGCAACGAAUGGGCAAUAGAUACACCAUGUCCGGCGGGUGGCCGUGACUUCUGCCGAUCCCUGCACAUUUUGGAUAGCCGAGGGAACAGCGUCUUGGUGAGCAAAAGCUGUGCAAGUAGCGCAGAAUGCGGCCCAUCCUCCGUCGGUUGUAUUCCGGUCGACACGCAGCAGAUCUGCAUAAGUUGCUGCGAUCUGAGUUACUGCAACGUCGAAUCACCGACGAACGCGACGAACGCGAUCUAUUCUCGCAAACGACGGGCCAAAUCGAAAUCAAAACGCAAACGACCCGGUAGAAACGGAGUCGAUGGUACAGACUCCAGGUUCUACGGGUCCGGAGUGUUUUGGCUCUUGGCCUCCAUCUUCUAUGCAUAUCAUUGCUGAGGAAGGAGAGAAGACAUCGCCGCAAUCAUUUAAGAAUCAAAUAGAGACUUUAAUCUAUUUGAUUAUCCCUCGUUAAAGGAGAAGAAGAUUAUUAAUGCAUAUUACGUGAAUAUCUUUUUCUUCGAAGAAAAAAAAAACAAAAAAAAAGGAAAAAGAAUAGAAAAAAAAACAAAAAAAAACAAACAAAACCAAAAUUUCAUAGUCAUCGUAAUCACCAUCGUCCUCUAACAUUGUUAUCAUUCUUUACCUCGGAUUCGCGCAGAUCAUCGCGAAAUCUUUUUCAUUUUACAGAUAUUCCGAGGGACCUUUUUGUCCGAUAAAGAAAAAAAAAAAAAGAAACGAAGAGAAAAAAAAUCGAAAAAGAGAAAAAAGAAAAAUCAACAAAAAAAAAUAAAAAGAAAUUAAAUGAGACACGCACACAUACACGCAAACUCCUCGUGUACGUACACAUAUCCCAAUAUCGCGAUUUUUUCGUGCGCGACGGUCCAUCGCGAACGCGACCUUGAGCUCGCUCGAUGUGU